CUAAACAGCAAACAGUAUUGUCAUCAUUUUUAUCAAAAAAUAAUUGCAGCUGUAGCGAGCCAAUUCUGUGAGAAGGUGGAGGAAGAGGCAGAGCUGCACUGAAGCACGUGUAAAGGAACUCAAUUUAUUAAGGGUCAAAAGUCAAAAGUGCAUUAGGGCUCGCUAUUGCAUUCACUUGAGGAUGUCUUACCUUACCGAGGAGCAAAAGAAGGAGCUAGCCGCCAAUGCUAGGGCAAUCGUUGCCCCAGGGAAAGGAAUCCUAGCAGCUGACGAGAGCACGGGAACAAUUGGGAAGAGAUUCGCACCUAUUGAAGUUGAGAACAAUGAAGAGAACAGGCGUCUUUACCGCCAGCUGCUCUUCUGUAGCCCUCCCGAGUAUGCACAGUACAUCAGCGCCGUCAUCCUGUACGAUGAGACUUUCUGGCAGAAAGCAGACGAUGGUAGGCGUUUCGUGGACAUAUUGAAAGAAAGAGGUGUUAUACCCGGGAUAAAGGUGGACAAAGGAGUAGUGAACCUCCUUGGAACUGAUGAGGAGACCACAACUCAAGGCCUCGACGAUUUGGGCAAACGUUGCAAGAACUAUUACGAGAACGGGGCCCGCUUUGCAAAAUGGCGCUGCGUCUUGAAGAUUGGUAAUGGCCGCCCGUCAGAGCUCGCCAUUAUGGAGAAUGCAAAUGUUCUUGCUCGCUACGCCAGCACUUGUCAGCAAAAUUCAAUCGUUCCAAUCGUAGAGCCAGAGAUAUUGACAGACGGGACGCAUGAUCUUGCUGCCUGUGUUGAAGCCUCUCAGCGUACGUUGGCAGCCGUAUACAAGGCACUACACGAUCACAACGUUUAUCUAGAGGGUACUCUACUAAAGCCUAAUAUGGUCCUCCCUGGCUACGACUGUACUACAAAGUACACUCCUGAGCAAGUCGCCGAGGCUACGGUGACCGUGUUCCAGCGUACUCUACCAGUUGCCGUUCCAGGCGUCACGUUCCUCUCUGGGGGUCAGUCCGAGAUUGUUGCCACAACUCAUUUGAAUGCUAUCAAUGCUUACAAAGCUACUAAGCCUUGGGCCCUUACGUUCUCCUAUGGUCGUGCCCUGCAGGCGAGUGUCCUUCAGGCUUGGAAGGGAAAGGCUGAGAAUGUGAAAGAGGCCCAAAGUGUUUUUCUUCAUCGUGCACGCUGCAACGGUCUUGCUGCUCUUGGUAAGUACGAGGGAGAGGACUCCUCUGGUGCAGCUGGCAAGGAUCUUCACGUGUCCAAGUACACCUAUUAAGAGUCUUCAUCUGACUGAUCUCCAAACAGCAUAACUGACUGCAUUUGACCUUUAGGAUCUUUUUUGUGUAUUUAAGACUGUUUUAAUCCUUUAGGGUUUGCUGUAAAGUAGUUGUUUUAGAUUUUAGUUAUUGUUUUAGAAAAAGUAAACUUGAAAAAGUAA